ACUGAGCAGCCAUUCACAACACAAGUGGAACACCACUCAAGGAGGAAGAGAAGCUCGUUUUCUAUUUGUUGUCUCAUUCAUCAUCUGGGAAAGCAUGUCAAAGGCAGGGGACAGGACACCCUCAACAACUUCUGUUGAUUCAGCAUCAACUGAUGGCAAAGAAGGUGGCUCAGUGUCUGAAACACCCAAGAAAUCAUCAAAGAAGUCAAAGAAGAGCACUGAGAGUAUGAACAAAGUCUACACCACUGUGCUCAACAGUGUGUUUGGGGCGGACAGAGAAUUAGCUCAGGCUGAGUUGGAUGAGUUACAAGAGGCCUUCAAAGAGUUUGACUAUGACCAAGAUGGAUACCUGAACUACAAGGAUGUGGCUGAAUGCAUGAGAACUAUGGGAUACAUGCCCACAGAGAUGGAGCUGCUGGAGAUAGUACAACAAAUCAAAAUGAGAAUGGGGGGGUUGAUGGAUUUUGAAGACUUUGUUGAACUGAUGGGACCCAGGAUGAUGGGAGAGACUGCUCAUAUGCUCGGACUUAAAGAGCUCCAGUCCGCUUUUGUACAGUUUGAUCUUGAUGGGGAUGGAAAGAUCAACCAGGAUGAGAUGAAAGAGGCCAUUAAGUCACUGUUGGGGGAGAAGCUAAAGAAAGGAGAACUAGAGGAAAUCUUAAAGGAGCUGGACAUCAACGCGGAUGGAAACAUCGACUUUGAAGAGUUUGUGAUGAUGCUCUCCAUUCGCUAG